GAGGAGUACCGUGAAGAGGGGAGUAAAGCACAUUUCUAUUGUACAUGUUUUCCCUUUAAUGAACAGUACGUUAUAUAAUGUCCGAGAAUGUCCAUUUCUGGAACUCUAAGCAACUACUAUGUCGAUUCUAUUAUAAGUCAUGAAGGAGAAGAUCCGAACGCGUCCCGCUUCUCCAAUGUACAGUACUCCAGUGCUAGACAACCGGGACCCGGCGAGCAUCCCGAGUUCCCCUCUUGUAGCUUCCAGCCCAAGCCUCCAGUGUUCAGUUCGUCGUGGAGUCCAUUCAGUUCCCACGCGUCCAGUGGCUUACCAGCGGUCUACCAUCCGUACAUACCGACGCAGCCAGUGCCUUCAACGGAUACUCGAUACCUCCGCACAUGGCUCGACUGCGCUCCGAGAGCAGAACCUCUGCCCGGUCAGGGACAGGUCAAGAUGGAGCCGCUCCUGGGACAUCUCGGGGAACCACCGAAACUAGUCGGGCAGCAUGAGUACAUCUUGGAGUCUUCUACAGCACGGGAGAUGAAUUCUGCUCACAGCGCUGGGUUUGAAGACAAUAAGGACAUAUGCGAAGCCAGCGAGGACAAAGAGGGACCGGAUCAAAACGACCCAUCUGCCAACUGGUUACACGCUCGAUCAUCCCGGAAGAAGCGAUGUCCAUACACGAAAUAUCAGACCUUGGAGCUAGAGAAGGAAUUUCUGUUCAAUAUGUACCUCACCCGAGACCGGAGACACGAGGUAGCUCGCCUGCUGAACUUGACAGAGCGACAAGUCAAAAUAUGGUUCCAGAACAGAAGGAUGAAAAUGAAGAAAAUGAAUAAGGACCAGCCCAAAGAAUAAUAACGCAGACUGGUGCGAGGCGUUCAAGCCGUUUACAAAAAGUAUUUUAAAUCUGGAAGCUGAUGCAAGAAUGUGUUGCUGCGUCAUAAAGAAAACGCACACGCGCAUCCACACACCAUUUUCCAUAUAGGACUGGACAGCGUUCAACAUAUAGAGAACAAGGAAGAAGUGAGAUGAUGCAGAGGAAGGGGAAAACGUCUUGCCAUCUCUCUCUCUUCUUUUAUUGCAUUUUAUGACUUGUGUGAAAGAAACACUUCACCAGGAAAUAAACAGGUGAUAAGGAACUGGUUUCAACAGGCUAAGAGCAGCUGAAAUAUUGUGCUUUUCAUAAAGUUGAUCUCUAUAAUUCUGCAUUUUUCAUCAUUCCUUUCGUCAUAGACGUGCUGAUACAAAAUGUAUUUAACAAAACAUACGCCUCAUUCAAUAUACAAGGGAAGUUUUGCUUAUCUGUAAAAUAGGUUCACGUAUUUGCUAAAGACGUGAGCUCACUUUUACAAAAUUAUUAUUAUUAUUAUUAUUAUUAUUAUUAUAGCGGAAUAAAGCCUUGUCUUGGUUGAUUCAAAUGUACUAAUAGUAGUAGUAGUAGAAGUAGUAAUAAUAAUAAUUUCUAAAUAAUAAUUUUCUUUAUAGCUUCUAUUAUAGUUUCGUUCAAUAAUGUUUGUAUAAUUUGGGGACAAAAUCAAGUAUCAAACUGAAGUAAUUAAACACGAAUGAAAUUAGUUUUUUUUACCUACUAUUUUUUGUUCAGUUAUCCCAAAAUAAUCAUUUUGAAAUUUAGAGUGCAGGUUCCGAGUGUAUUUGCAGCGUGCCAGUAACCCUAUAGAGUCAAUUCGUGCUGAAAUGUAUAACAACCUUUAAUACAGAUUCGGUCGCAGUUGUUUACAUAAAUGUGCGCAUGCCACGUAUUGUGUAGUUUUCUUAUGUAUGUGUUAUUGAAAAGUUAGUAUUAAUUCGAAGCUGUUUUAUGUGCGGUCUAAGGAUUGUUGUUUUAAUUUAUUGUAAAAACGUUAAUAGGGGUUUUAUUUCUUUUUAAUUGAAUGUUUUAUAUGUUGUAAAAAGAAUUUCAUAAGAUAAUUCAUACUUGAAUGAGCUGAUCCACGUAACCUUUUAUUUUGUUUACAGGUUCCAUGUAGGCUAUAUGUCCAGAAUCAUGUCCGUUGUCAGUGAUGUUUUGCUGUAUUUGCUCGUUCAUUCAUAUUGCUCUGCUGGAUUAGAGAUUUGUUUUUAUGUUUUUGUGAUUUGACUUUACGGAAAUCGAGCGCCGCCACCUUCAGAUGUCAAUCACUCCAUAAACUUUUCCCAAUGUCUUUGACGCACGUCCAGUCACACACACACACACACACACACACACACACACACACACACACACACACACACACACACACACACACACACACACACACACACACACACACACACACACACACACACACAC